AUGCUGCGGCGCCUGCUCGAGCGGCCCUGCACGCUCGCCCUGCUCAUCGGCUUCCAGUUCGCCUUCAUGGCCUACUUCUCGCUGGGCGGCUUCCGCAACCUCACCUCCAUCUUCGGCCGCGACAGCAGCCCCGUCUUCGACUACUCGCGCACGCGCGACGUCUACGCCAACCUGAGCCGCCUGCUGCCGCGCGAGCCCCUCGGCGCCGACCCCGCGCAGCCCCUGCCCUACUGCCCCGAGCGCUCGCCCUACCUCAUCGGCCCCUUGACGGUGACGUUCAGCCGGGCGCCCACGCUCGAGCAGAUCCAGGCGAAGAACCCGGCCGUGGGCGCCGGGGGCCGCUACCGGCCGCCCGCCUGCGAGCCCCGCUCCCGCACGGCCAUCGUCAUCCCGCACCGCAACCGCGAGAGCCACCUGGGCCACCUGCUCUACUACCUGCACCCCUUCCUGCAGCGCCAGCAGCUCCAGUAUGGCAUCUACGUGGUGCACCAGGCGGGAAACUCCACGUUCAACCGGGCCAAGCUGCUCAACGUGGGCGUCAAGGAGGCGCUCAAGGACGAGGAGUGGGACUGUCUCUUCCUGCACGACGUGGACCUCAUCCCCGAGAACGACCACAACCUCUACACGUGCGACCCCUGGAACCCCAAGCACGUCUCGGUGGCCAUGAACAAAUUCGGCUACAGCCUGCCGUACCCGCAGUACUUCGGGGGGGUCUCGGCUCUCACCCCCGACCAGUACAUGAAGAUCAAUGGUUUCCCCAACGAGUACUGGGGCUGGGGUGGCGAGGACGAUGACAUUGCCACCAGGGUGCGCCUGGCCGGCAUGAAGAUCGCCCGCCCGCCCAUCUCCAUCGGCCACUACAAGAUGGUGAAGCACAAGAGCGACAAGGGCAACGAGGAGAACCCGCACAGGUUCGACCUGCUGAUCCGCACGCAGCGCAUGUGGACGCAGGACGGCAUGAACUCGCUCACGUACACGCUGCUCGCCAAGCAGCUGCGGCCGCUCUACACCAACCUCACGGUGGACAUCGGCACGGACCCGCGCGCCGGCCAGGCCCGCAGGGGCCUCGCGCCCGGCCACGAGGGCCACAGGUACCUGAGCAGCUCCAGCCUCCUGCGGCAGGAGAUGCUGCGCAAGUCGCCGCGCGCCCCCGUGCCCUGGGCGACGCGGGGGCUCCCCCUGCCCGGCGCCCUCAGCCAGGCCCCGCAGGUGCCCACGGCCGGGGGGGCGGUGAACGGCACCCGCGGCGCUGCCCACAGCCCCGAGAGCGGCGCCCCGCCGGCCCAGGGCAGCCCCCAAGCCUCCGGGAAGGGCAAAUCCGACCCGGCUGCGGCACCCACGGUGCUGGGGGUCGGUGCCAGCCUGGCCGUGCCAGGAGAGGUGGCCGAGGGGGGAAACCAGAGCCUGGCACAGGGCUCCCGCUAG